AUGACUUCAAUUGCUUCCUCCGAUGCAGGGCCCUCGACAGUUGAACCGCUGUCGGAGCGCAACGUCUCACGAAUACCGCUCAUUCUGCCUCACGAGCGCGUGUUUCCCAUUCAGAUCGGCAGCGAGUUAUUCAAGCUCUCGGGAGCUUCGUUGUCCUCUGACGCACCCUCCUACUUCUCGCAGUACUUUGUUUGCCAAUUGGAGUCGGUGAAAGAACGAGGCGAUGAGUCGAGCUCAUCCCUUCGAACGCUCUAUAUCGAUCGCGACCCUGUCAUCUUUCGCGACAUCUCUCUGCAUCUCCAAGGAUACCAUGUCCAGCCCCGCGAUGGCGAGCACUUUGUGCGACUCUUUUCAGAUGCACAGUUCUAUAGCUUACCCAAAUUGAUCUCCCAGCUGUAUGAGGAGAGUAUAUUCAUUUCCAUUGGGCACCGCGAGUUCCAGAUCCCCCGCGAAAUCUUCAAAGACCCGGGUAAUUCUCCCAAUUACUUCUCCCUCGGCUUCGCAGCUUUUUUCUCUCGCCCCGACGAUCUCUUCCCCGGCCUUGAUCGCGAAGGCCUCAUCCGCCCACCCUCAAUCCUACCUCCGUCGGUUCCGAAGCGCAGCGCCGACACGUUCGCUGAGCUCCUCCAUUUUUUGCGCGGGUAUCCUAUUCGCAUACGCGACGAGACACACCGCCAGGAUCUACUCAGCGAUGCGCGAUACUUCCACUUCAAGGGCCUCGAGCAGCGCCUCAUUCCGCAUUCUUUGAGUUACAAUCAAGCGACAAGACGGGACGAGAUGGUACUUAGGCUUGAGAAUAUUCAGAAGAGCGGUAUUAGCGUUUUCAUAAGUAACCAUGACCCGUUAUCAGGCUUCGUGCAAUAUGCCCGACCGUAUGUGGACGAGAAGCCUGCUGAGCUUGUUCUUGAGAUUGGCGGUGAGACGACAAAGAUUCAUUUCUCGGGGGGUAAUUCCAAGGCCGAGUUCUUCAGAGACACCAAAGCCCGUGUCGCAAAGUUGUUUGAACUCGUAUCGUCAAAGUUGAACUUCUCUCAAACGAACCAGUCGCAGAGCCAACCAACAAAUCUUGUAAACUCCCUGCUGAGGGAAGAUCUUGUCCGUGUAGCCCUUGAGCCUGAGUCUGCCAUUAUUCUCGAUGGCAAGGACUAUCUUGAGGAUUUUAUCAACGCUGCUGCUUCAGAAUCUUCUGGAAACGAAUACCCACGAAAGCGAAAGCGAGUGGAUGGUGACUCCGAGGAUGAGGAAUGGAUUAUCAAAACAGGACAGUGGAGGUUGCGCAUCCAGAAUGCGCCAAAUGGUAAGGGCGUUGAGUGUAUACUGGUGGCGGCCAAGCUCGAUGCGAUGAGCUCGCAGUUGACGCGAAAUAUGUCGAGAGGUUUUUUGGGAAUCUAG